AACUCCACAAUUAACAGCCACACGAGACAAAGGCAGUAUUUUAGGCAGUGAGACAAAAGCGGCACAACGCGAGGACUGUUAUGAAGCUACAAUGAGCGGCGCAGAAGACAGCGGGAGCAAGGGUUCUUCGGGCCCCAUCUCCAGCUUCACCAUCCAGUCCAUCCUGGGCACGGGCUCCGACACGCCACGCGCCCCCAGCAAGGAGCCUCCGCCGCACGCGCCACCACGUAGACGGUCUCUGUCCGUGUCUUCAGAAGAAGACUGCAGCGGUGGAGAGGACUCUGCGGACUGCUUCUGCUCCUCAGACACGACGCACAGCGAGCCUUGUGCACAGACGCACAACUUCUCCUGUUUAGGUCCAGCCAAAGGUCUGCUGUCAACAGGAGAGGCGCGCCGGCCACUGCUGCAGGACUACAAGGAGGAGCAGGGCGCGUGCCACCAGAUGUCCCCUCUGUGCGAGGAGCGCCAAUCUGAGUGCGCGGACAAACAAGGCACCAAGAAGAAGACGCGAACAGUGUUCUCCCGGAGCCAGGUGUAUCAGCUGGAGUCCACAUUCGACAUGAAGCGGUACUUGAGCAGCUCGGAGCGGGCCUGCCUUGCAUCCAGCCUUCAGCUCACAGAGACACAGGUCAAGACUUGGUUUCAGAACCGUAGAAACAAGUGGAAGCGGCAACUCUCGGCCGAACUGGAGGCGGCCAACAUGGCGCAUGCCUCGGCACAGACACUCGUGGGAAUGCCGCUGGUUUUUAGAGAGAACUCUUUACUGCGGGUCCCCGUGCCGCGCUCUAUUGCCUUUCCCACCCCGCUGUAUUAUCCCGGGAGCAACUUGCCAGCGUUACCUUUAUACAACCUGUACAACAAGCUCGAGUACUGACGCUGCAGUGCGCCCAAAUGUGUCUCCACAUUAGCCCUGUAUAUUACCACUUCAUUUGUUGAGAUAUAUAUUAUGCAGCAACUGUAUGUCUCACUGAAAGCAAUCAGCUUCCCAAUGUUAAAAUACACCAUGUGUAUAAUUAUUGUAAGAAUUUUUGUACCGUUUAUUUUUAUUUGUUGCCUCUACCACACCUACUUACACACUCAUCUAAUAUUGUUAACACUUCAGCAGAG